AUGGCUGUUGCAAGACGCGAUUUUAUUGCUGAAAUCACUCCGACAAAAGAAUCAUGGGAUGUUGUUGUUCGAGGUGGCAAGAUUCAAGCUUCUGUUCGAAAAGCUUUGCUCUAUCAAUUUGAUAACAAGGUUCGUGAGGGUAAUGUUUAUAAUUUUAAACAUUUUGGUGUCGCCGCUAAUACCGGAGCUUAUAGGACCACAAAACACCAGUUCAAGUUGAGUUUGCAGAAUUCCACAGUGGUUACAGAAUUUGUAUCUUUCGCAGAGAUAGUUAGGAAAAUUGACAUGAACUACUUGAUUGAUAAUUAUCAUUUAAUAUUAAACUUAUGUUUCCAUCAAACCAUGUAUUAUGAGUUUUAA